UGGACUAUGACUCUGAUUUUUGGCACAUGCUGUCAUACACAAAGUUCCUAAAAUAAAAUUCUCCAGGAUAUCCCAGGAACUCUUAGAAGGCUUUAAAAAGGGACCUGCACACUGAAAGAAUAUCUUCGAUGAGGACAAUUCAAGCAAGCAGAAUAAUGAUUGCAAAAGAAUUACAUGAUUCAUUGAGAUCUUAAAGUGGGUCCGGAGAAUCCUUGCCACCUAACUUAUCAUGGUUUGGGGGAGCUUGACGAGAAUCCAGUUUUGAUAAAGACAAUUAUUUUUUCCUCCCCAAGUGACUAUACAUUUAAAUAGCUAAAACAUCUGUUCAGCAACAUAGUAAAACAUGUACACUCGGAACGCCUGAGAGAAGAGCCUGCCAAACAAUCGGUUGAGAGGGACUUUGCUGGGGGGAGAGCACCAAGAUAAAGCAACCACUGUUUGUUUUGUCUGGUCAGGGGGAAAGCCAAGGCAACCAAUAUUUUGGGUUUCUUUUAUUUCAUUUGUGAAGAACUAUUUGAGAAAGGGUGGCGAGGGCAGAUUUCCUGACGGGAAUUUUUUUAAGCUGUCCAUGAGUAGAAGAGCAAGAGAAACCUUGGAUGUCAACGCCUAACAGACUCUUGAGACCAACCACCAAACCACGAAAAGCGACUUUCUUCUUGCGUGGCCUCUUCGUCCUUCCUGAUGGAGGCAGAAGCAGGGAGCAGCAUGGAGACUGGGAAGACGGCCAACAGAGGCACUCGAAUAGCCCUGAUCGUGUCCAUCGGUGGCACCCUGGCGCUGGGCACGAUCCUCUUUCUGGUGAGUCAAGGUUUCUUAAGUCUCCAAGCUAAACAGGAGUACUGCCUCAAGCCAGAAUGCAUCGAAGCUGCUGCUGCCAUCUUGAGUAAAGUAAAUCUGUCUGUGGAUCCUUGUGAUAAUUUCUUCCGGUUCGCCUGUGAUGGCUGGAUAGACAGCAAUCCAAUUCCUGAAGAUAUGCCAAGCUAUGGGGUUUAUCCUUGGCUGAGACAUAAUGUUGACCUCAAGUUGAAGGCACUUUUGGAGAAAUCAAUCAGCAGAAGGCGAGAUACUGAAGCCAUACAGAAAGCCAAAAUCCUUUAUUCAUCUUGCAUGAAUGAGAAAGCGAUUGAAAAAGCAGAUGCUAAGCCGUUGCUACACAUCCUGCGGCAUUCACCUUUUCGCUGGCCUGUGCUCGAAUCUAAUAUUGGUCCUGAAGGGGUUUGGUCAGAGAGAAAGUUCAGCCUUCUGCAGACACUUGCAACCUUUCGUGGUCAAUACAGCAAUUCUGUGUUCAUCCGUUUGUAUGUGUCCCCUGAUGACAAGGCAUCCAAUGAACACAUCUUGAAGCUGGACCAAGCAACGCUCUCCUUAGCCGUGAGGGAAGACUACCUUGAUAAUAGCACAGAAGCCAAAUCAUAUCGAGAUGCCCUUUACAAGUUCAUGGUGGAUACUGCUGUGCUUUUGGGAGCUAAUAGCUCCCGAGCAGAGCAUGACAUGAAGUCAGUGCUUAGAUUGGAAAUUAAGAUAGCUGAGAUAAUGAUUCCACAUGAAAACCGAACCAGUGAGGCCAUGUACAACAAAAUGAACAUUUCCCAACUGAGUGCUAUGAUUCCCCAGUUUGACUGGCUGGGCUACAUCAAGAAGGUCAUCGAUGCCAGACUCUACCCUGAACUGAAAGAUAUUGACCCCUCAGAGAAUGUGGUGGUUCGCGUUCCGCAGUACUUUAAGGAUUUAUUUAGGAUAUUAGGCUCUGAGAGGAAGAAGACCAUUGCCAACUAUUUGGUGUGGAGGAUGGUUUAUUCCAGAAUUCCAAACCUGAGCAGGCGCUUUCAGUAUAGGUGGCUGGAAUUCUCAAGGGUAAUCCAGGGGACCACAACUUUGUUGCCUCAGUGGGACAAAUGUGUAAACUUUAUUGAAAGUGCCCUCCCUUAUGUUGUUGGAAAAAUGUUUGUGAAUGUGCACUUCCGGGAAGAUAAGAAGGAGAUGAUGGAGGAAUUAAUUGAGGGUGUUCGCUGGGCCUUUAUUGACAUGCUGGAGAAAGAAAAUGAGUGGAUGGAUACAGGGACAAAAAUGAAAGCCAAAGAAAAGGCAAGAGCUGUUUUGGCAAAAGUUGGCUAUCCUGAGUUUAUAAUGAAUGAUACUCAUGUUAAUGAAGACCUCAAGGCAAUCAAGUUUUCAGAAUCUGACUACUUUGGCAACGUCCUGCAAACCCGCAAGUAUUUAGCACAAUCUGAUUUCUUCUGGCUGAGAAAAGCUGUUCCAAAAACAGAGUGGUUUACAAAUCCAACGACGGUCAAUGCCUUCUACAGUGCAUCCACCAACCAGAUCCGAUUUCCAGCAGGAGAGCUCCAGAAGCCUUUCUUUUGGGGAACAGAAUAUCCUCGAUCUCUGAGUUAUGGUGCUAUAGGAGUAAUUGUUGGACAUGAAUUUACACAUGGAUUUGAUAAUAAUGGUAGAAAAUAUGAUAAAAAUGGAAACCUGGAUCCUUGGUGGUCUGUUGACUCAGAAGAAAAGUUUAAAGAAAAAACAAAGUGCAUGGUUAACCAGUAUAGCAACUAUUAUUGGAAGAAAGCUGGCUUAAAUGUGAAGGGGAAGAGGACCCUGGGAGAAAAUAUUGCUGAUAAUGGAGGACUGCGGGAAGCUUUUAGGGCUUACAGGAAAUGGAUAAAUGACAAGAGGCAGGGAGUUGAGGAGCCUCUCCUACCAGGCAUCGCAUUCACCAACAACCAGCUCUUCUUCCUGAGUUAUGCUCACGUGAGGUGCAAUUCCUAUAGACCAGAAGCUGCCCGGGAACAAGUCCAAAUUGGUGCUCACAGCCCCCCUCAGUUCAGGGUCAAUGGUGCAGUUAGCAACUUUGAAGAAUUCCAGAAAGCUUUUAACUGUCCAUCCAAUUCCACGAUGAACAGAGGCAUGGACUCCUGCCGACUCUGGUAGCUGGACUGCUGGUUUAUGCCAUCCUGAGAGAGCAGUGCAGUGCCAGCAGAGGCUGCACUGAGCACUCAUCGCCUGCUGCUUUAGGCCUAUAUUCCCCUGAGGACUUUUAUUUUUACCGCAUCUUCAUUAUUUGGGUAUUGCUUGCAUCUAAACAGUAUCUAUUCAAAGUUGUAGGGCUUAAAAAGUGGAAUACAAAAAGUGAACCAAGUAUGUUGCUUUAGAAAACCAAACCAACAAAAAUAAAUCCCUAGGCUACUUUUGUUAAAACGCUAUCUGCUAAAUUGUUGCUAUUGUCCAUUUUACUGUGUAAGCCACAGCUAAGUGGUACAUACCGUUUUAAUCUACAGCUUUGCAGAGGCCCUAAGUAGAAUGUAUCCAGAAAAAAAUUCAGUCUAUUAAACUUGUAACCCUCAACGAUGAGGACAUGUGUGUGGCUACCUGGGAGGUCUUACUGCUCUGUGGGAUGCAGUGCUAGAUUUUAUAUAUCAUCCUUGCACAGCAUUUAUUAACUAUAGGGUAGUUAAAUUAGAAAUAUGUUGGAUCUUUAUUUUACAAUUUUUGCUGAAGUUCUUGCCUUCAGUUUUGAAGUCUAUUGGAAUGAAAAUGUGCCUCACAGCGUGUAUCUGAUGAAGCCAAUCGCCCUGUUCAAAUCAGCAUGAGUGAAGGUGGCAGAAAGGCUACUUGGUAAAGGAUUUGAGUUUAUCAAAUAGAAAAAAAACAAUAUAUCUAUAAGUCCCGAAGAAGUCAAAACCCCUAGUCACGCAACAGCAGGGAUACCAGGAGAUGAAAUCUCCAAAGUUUGAUCUAGUCUGCCCAAACCUCGGUGAUUACCUCUGUCUGCCAGACACUGUUCUUUAGUCCAAUUCCUUUUUGUCUUGCUACCCUCAUAUAUGUGCGUUUCCCCAUUUCUGAAAUGAGCAGGGGUCUAAUUCUCCAUUAGGAAUGUGUAACUUUCAUUCCCCUUUGGUGCAACGGGCUGAACACCACAUUGAGGAGGGUACAAAGUGCCCUGCUGUUUUGGGUUGGUUAAUGUUACUUUUAAAAAAUCUUUUUGAAAAAAUUCUUGCUUGAAGACAUUUUAGAAUAUAUUGGUUGAAUUCAAAGUUCCCUGCGUAGUCCAAAGAAACAUAAUCUUUACUUUUCAAGUCUUUUCUGAAGAGCCUGUAGGAAAGAGCACUACUACAUUUUUGAUCAUCAGAACUUUGUCCUUUCAAGUGAACUCCUCCACCUCUUAUUACUCUGUGUGUGUGUGUGUGGGGGGGGGGGGAUAAAAUAGUAAUGGCCUUAAAGUGGUUACCUGGCAUUUCGGGUUUCUUAAAAUAGCCAUCCCCCUUCACAUUAUUCAUUUUACAUGCAGUUCUGGGUUAAGUGGGCAAAUAGGAAAAUCUCAAAAGCAAAAUGACAGAUUCAGACUAACCAUAGGAGGCCAUUUUACAUCCCUGUGAUUUGUCCUCUUUUUUAAAAAAAUAUAAGUGUGUGCCGUGUCCUUUUGUAACCAUGGGAACUUCUGAAGCAAGAAAAAUGCAGGGGCACCAUCAUGAGGAAAACAAUUACACUGCGUCAGUCAGAGGAGAGUGAUUUUCCCCUUGACUUCCUCCCCUCCGAAUGGAUAAACUUCUGAAGGGCAGCUGCCUUUUCCUCCUCUUAACCAUGGCUUAAUGUGACCUUAGUUUGUGUUUUUAAAAACAAGUGGUUUUAGGUUAGGGGUGCUGGAAAAAUCUGUGCCUUUUCUCUGGAGGAAUCAUUUUGAUUUGGUUUAGACAUACAAGAUACUCCUUGUUUUAUUCCUGUACUUGGACAUUUAAAACCAGCUGAGAUUUGUUAUGCUUAUAUUAAUAGCAUUUUCCUUCUGGAUCUCUCUUUUUAAACUCCAAGUAAACACAUUCCUGCGGGUCAGAGAAAGUGUUUGAUAAAAGCAUAGAGUUAUGACUUUGGAAAUGGGAAUUAUUCAGUCACUUGUUGGUUUAGAAAAGCUGCUUGGUGAUCCGUUGGGGCCAUUACAGUUUCUAAAUGAUGUGGCUGCCUUGUCCUGAUUCACUUUAUUUGAUGUAACUUCGUUAUACUGAAAGUUGUAGAUAGGAUGGCCAUUAUUAAGACAAAGGAAACCCAAAGCAGCAAUACCAAAUCAUCACUACUAGCUGGAAGAAUUUUCUGGUAGGAUUGUAUUUCCAAAUAUAUGCUCAUGUUUAAAUUUUCAGAUUACACUCUUGUUGUCCCUUCUCCUCAAUACAGAUUGCUAAAAGAAGCAGACAGUGAUUAAUUGGCAGAGGGAAAAAGGUAAAACGCAACUGGAAGGGAAGGGAAAAAAGUAGUGAGAAGCUGGCUUAAGAAUGUGAUUCUGAAGAGAAGACAGGAUUUUGGCAGUCCUUGCUAAGCACAUCCACUGGAGUAGAGCCAUGAAGUUUUAAAAAAAAUAAUUAUGGUAAAUUAAAAAGAAAUUAGAUAUUGGAUCUCAGACUAAGACUGCCAUAACACACUUCUCUGAUUCAUAUACCAGAUGUUCUGCCAGUGAGCUAUUGUCUGAGCAUUGGAAGGAGUUAAGGUUUUUUGUGAAAUUCUCAAGGAUUUUAUGCAUAUAAAGUGGUAUUGUUUGGGCUUAUCACCAUUGCCCAAAGUUUGUUGAGCUUUUCACUAACCACACAGCAUUGGCCGCCUGUUUCCAUUUUCUCCUUUUAUGAGAUGGACUUGGACAUGACUAAUGCAAGCUCAGGAUUCAUAAAUUAUCCUGAAGUUUAUUCAGUGCCUUUCCUCAAUGGAGCUUAAAGCAUAGCACAUAAAUUUUAUCUUAUUUAUCCCUGGAGCAUCGCUAAGGAGCAACUAGGAGCUAUGGCUUGCCACACAGAUUAUGCUGGUGCCAGAGAAGUGGGGAGUUUGAAGCCACUUAUCAAGUACCCCAGAGUCAGGGAAGGCAGAGUCUUUUGUUCUUUGGGCUGCUGCUGACCUUUGCAUUAACCCUCAUCUCUUAGAUUAUCCCAUUUCUAAAUACGUUCAUUCCUUCAGUAUUUUUAUAAUCACUCAGCAUUUGAUAAGCUGCUUCCUUGAUAUUUUUAACGUCUCAGUUGCAUAUUAAAUUAUGGAAGAAUAUGUGAUUAUUUCAUGCAGCAACAUUCUCAUCACCAGUGGCAGUGCCCCUCUGGUUUGAAGAAAGGUGUUCUUGGAUUAUGCAUUUUAUAUCUAAAUGGUCAUUGUAUUUUCUUCCCCUACUUGUGAAACAGUGUGAACAAUCAUUUUAAGGACAAUAAAAAGUUGAAGAUUUUC